GUGAACAAAGUUCUGCGAAACCACAACAUCAAGCCUCACUGGAUGUUCGCUCUGGACAACAUCAUCCGCAAAGCCGUGCAGACGGCCAUCACCAUCCUGGUGCCAGAGCUGCGGCCUCACUUCAGUCUGGCCUCAGAGAGCGACCCGGCCGAUCAGGAGGACGUGGACGACGACACCGAGGAGAGAAACUCCACCCACCAGAGCCGAGCGCCUACCGUCGCCGCUCACGACGACACGGUGGCCACGUCGGGAGUCAGCACGCUCAGCUCCACCGUCUCACACGAGUCCCACCACGCACAGCGCUCUGUGAGCAUGGAGCUGGGCAGGAUGAAGCUGGAGACCAACAGGCUGCUGGAACAGCUGCUGGAGAGGGAGAGAGAGUAUCAGUCCAUCCUGCAGCAGGUGCUGGAGGAGAGAGAGCAGGAGAUCAGACUACUGAAGCUGCGAUCUGAGCCCGCAGGUCUGAUUCCGUACACUUUCCCUCUUUACAUUUAAACAGCAUUUCACAACCAGCUCUGACUCAUUGAGGAGAUUCCUCUCAAAACGCAUUGUUAUCCUCCCCCAGCAGCAGGUGAUUGAAAACACUGAGGAAUGUAAAUCAUUUAUACAAACUGUGACGUGACUGAUGCACAAGAACAAAGCUGUUCUCAGUCGCCCACUGAAGCUGCAAACUGUUUGACCUCUCGUUCUGAUUUUCUGAUCUGAGAUUUCAGGAUGUAAACACAGAAUAAAUCUGAUGUGUCCGGACUCUCUGAUGUGAUAUUAGUGUAUUUAAGAUUCUCAGAACAUCCUGUGCAAACACUUUACAGCAGCUUUCAAAAGA